AUGUCAUAUAGCGCGAACGUCAACUUCGAUCAAUAUGGCCAACCCAUCAUGGACCACAGCGGCAAUAUCGGUCACGUGGACCGUAAUUACAACGAUAUGAAUCAGUCAUCACAAAAUAGUAAUGAUGAUGUCAUGCUAAAUAUGGAUCAGGAUUCGUUCGACAACUAUGCUCCUUCUCACAUGAGUUUCAAUGACAACAGCAAUCACAACAAUAACAAUAUAAGCAAUAACAUACACAACAGCAAUGUCAAUGCUGGCAACCAAGAUCAUCUAAAUAUAAACGCUUUCAAUGAGUAUGGGAAAUCGGAUGACCAAGGGCCUUUCCAAAAUGAUAGUAGCAACAAUAUGGGGAGCCAAUAUCAAAACCAAAGCCAAUACGAUGAGUACGAUCCGUACCCCGCCUACAAUCUGGACCGUAAAAGACCAAUAACGAUGGAGAAAAUCGAAGAUAUUUUCAUAGAUUUGACUAAUAAAAUGGGGUUUCAAAGGGACUCCAUGAGGAACAUGUUUGACCAUCUGAUGACUAUGCUGGAUUCAAGGUCUUCAAGAAUGUCCAGUGAAAAAGCGUUGAUCUCUUUACAUGCAGAUUAUAUCGGUGGUGAUUCGUCAAAUUAUAAAAAAUGGUAUUUUACCUCACAGUUGGAUUUAGACGACGAAGUCGGUUUUAGAAAUCUGAAAACUAAUAAGACAAAAAAGAAAUUCAACAAGAACAACAAAAGCUUGUUAAAUGACGAUGGAAACAACCAUAAUUUAUCAAUCGAGGAGAUGGAAUCAAUUAUAAAUCAAUUGAAAAGUGACAAUUCACUAGAGGCAUCGGAUUUUAGAUGGAAAUAUAAAAUGAUGAAAUUAUCGCCAUACGAGAUGGUAAGUCAAUUGGCUUUGUACUUAUUAUGUUGGGGUGAAGCAAAUCAAGUAAGAUUCACUCCUGAAUGUUUAUGUUUUAUCUUUAAGUGUGCAUUGGAUUUCACAGGUUCGACGAUAUAUCAAAAUAUGUCCCCACAACAAUAUCCAAUGGAAGGUGACUAUUUAAAUAGAAUUAUUACUCCAUUAUAUCAGUUCUUAAGAGAUCAAGUUUAUGAAAUAUUAGAAGGUCGUUACGUGAAGAGAGAAAGAGAUCAUAACCAAGUCAUUGGUUAUGAUGAUGUAAAUCAAUUGUUUUGGUAUCCUGAAGGUAUUAAAAAAAUUAAAUUAAAUACUGCAAAUGAAACUUAUUUAAUCGAUUUACCAAUAGAAGAAAGAUAUAUCCAUCUAGGUAAUAUCAAUUGGAAUGACGUUUUCUUUAAGACUUAUAAAGAAACAAGAACUUGGUUACAUAUGGUGACUAACUUUAACAGAAUUUGGAUUAUGCAUGCUUCUUUAUAUUGGAUGUAUACCGCUUACAAUGCCCCUGCAUUGUAUACACAUAACUAUCAACAAUUAGUAGAUAAUCAGCCAUUAGCAGCCUAUAGAUGGGCUUCGGCCGCAUUGGCAGGUACUUUGGCUUCAUUGAUUCAAAUCGCUGCAACUUUAUGCGAAUGGUUAUUUGUUCCAAGAAAUUGGGCGGGUGCACAAAGGCUAUCAAGAAGAUUUGUCUUCUUAUGUAUUGUAUUAGGUAUAAAUCUAGCACCGGUGGCAUGGAUGUUUGCUUAUACUGACGAUACUGUAUAUUCAAAUGAUGCAAGAAUUGUAUCAAUUGUAAUGUUUUUCGUGGCUGUCGUAACGGUGGUUUUCUUUUCAAUUAGACCAUUAGGUGCGUUGUUUACUUCAUAUUUGAACAAAAGCUCAAGGGUUUAUGUUUCUUCUCAAACUUUCACAGCAAACUUUGCUCCACUUUAUGCUUGGGACCAAGUUUUAUCAUAUAUCAUUUGGAUUGUGGUUUUUGGUGCUAAGUUCGCAGAAUCUUAUUUCUUCCUAACAUUAUCAUUAAGAGAUCCAAUUAGAAUUUUGAGUACAUUGACCGUAAGAUGUGCUGGUGAAAAAUGGUGGGGGAAUGCUUUGUGUAGACAACAACCAAAAAUCGUUUUAGGAUUAAUGAUUGCAACUGAUUUUAUUUUAUUCUUUUUGGAUACCUAUUUAUGGUAUGUUAUUGUAAAUACUAUUUUCUCUGUGGCAAAAUUAUUCUAUAUUGGUAUGUCUGUAAUGACUCCAUGGAGAAAUAUCUUCACAAGAUUACCAAAGAGAAUUUAUAUGAAAAUUUUAUCAACAAAUGAUAUGGAAGUGAAAUAUAAACCUAAGAUUUUAAUAUCACAAAUUUGGAAUGCAAUCAUUAUUUCAAUGUACAGAGAACAUUUAUUGGCCAUUGAUCAUGUUCAAAAAUUAUUGUAUCAUCAAAUUCCAUCUGACAUUGAAGGUAGAAGAGCAUUAAAGGCGCCUGCUUUCUUUACAUCCCAAGUAGAAAAUUCAAAAGGUUCUGCAGAUUUAAGUGAAUUUUUCCCAAAGGAUUCAGAAACUGAACGCCGUAUAUCUUUUUUUGCCCAAUCGCUAGCUUUACCUUUACCAACACCUGUAUCUAUUGAAAACAUGCCAACUUUCACUGUAUUGACUCCACAUUAUUCAGAAAGAAUUCUGUUAUCAUUAAGAGAAAUUAUCCGUGAAGAUGAUCAAUACUCCAGAGUUACUUUAUUGGAGUAUUUGAAACAGUUGCAUCCAGUCGAAUGGGAUUGUUUUGUUAAGGACACUAAAUAUUUAGCUGAAGAAACUGAAGCAUACGAAGGUAAUGAUGAUAUGGGAAUGAAAGAACAUAUUAAAGAUGAGCAAAUGGAUACAGCUGUUGAUGAUUUACCAUUUUAUUGUAUUGGCUUCAAAUCUGCUGCUCCUGAAUACACUUUACGUACACGUAUCUGGGCUUCUUUGAGAUCUCAAACUUUAUACAGAACUGUUUCUGGUAUGAUGAAUUAUGCAAGAGCCAUUAAAUUAUUAUACCGUAUUGAAAAUCCUGAAGUUGUCCAAAUGUUUGGCAGUGAUAUCGAAGGUCUUGAAAAUGAAUUAGAAAAAAUGACCAGAAGAAAAUUCAAGUAUUUAGUCUCCAUGCAAAGAUUAACUAAAUUUAAACCUCAUGAAAUGGAAAAUACUGAAUUUUUGUUAAGAGCUUAUCCUGAUUUACAAAUUGCUUUCUUGGAUGAAGAACCUCCUUUAAGAGAAGGUGAUGAACCAAGGAUCUUUUCUGCUUUAAUCGAUGGUCACUGUGAAGUUCUAGAAAAUGGUCGCAGACGUCCUAAAUUUAGAAUUCAAUUAUCUGGUAAUCCAAUUUUAGGUGAUGGUAAAUCUGAUAACCAAAAUCAUGCUUUGAUAUUCUACAGAGGUGAAUACAUCCAAUUAAUUGAUGCCAAUCAAGAUAAUUAUUUAGAAGAAUGUUUGAAGAUUAGAUCUGUUUUAGCUGAAUUCGAAGAUAUCUCAAGAGAACCAUUGAAUCCAUAUGUCCCUGGUGUCACUUAUGAAAAUCAAUUCAAUAACCAUCCUGUUGCCAUUGUGGGUGCAAGAGAAUAUAUUUUCUCUGAAAACUCUGGUGUUUUAGGUGAUGUCGCUGCUGGUAAAGAACAAACUUUUGGUACAUUAUUUGCUCGUACUUUAGCCCAAAUUGGUGGUAAAUUACAUUAUGGUCACCCGGAUUUUGUAAAUGCAACUUUCAUGACUACAAGAGGUGGUGUUUCUAAAGCUCAAAAAGGUUUACAUUUGAAUGAAGAUAUCUACUCCGGUAUGAAUGCUUUGCUGCGUGGUGGUCGUAUUAAACACUGUGAAUAUUAUCAGUGUGGUAAGGGUAGAGAUUUAGGUUUUGGUACGAUUUUAAAUUUCACUACCAAGAUUGGUGCUGGUAUGGGUGAACAAAUGCUUUCCCGUGAAUACUAUUAUCUAGGUACUCAAUUGCCAAUCGAUCGUUUCUUAUCUUUUUACUAUGCUCACCCUGGUUUCCAUUUGAAUAAUUUUUUCAUUCAAUUGUCCUUACAAUUAUUUUUAUUGGCUUUAGUUAAUAUGCACUCAUUAGCCCACGAAUCUAUUUUCUGUAUUUAUGAUAGAAAUAAACCAAAAACCGAUGUUUUAUAUCCAAUUGGAUGCUACAAUUUACAACCUGUUGUUGAUUGGGUGAGACGUUAUACCUUGUCUAUUUUCAUUGUUUUCUGGAUUGCAAUUGUUCCUAUUAUCGGUCAAGAAUUGAUUGAGCGUGGUUUAUGGAAAGCAACUCUUAGAUUCUUCCGUCAAUUAUUAUCUUUAUCACCAGUCUUCGAAGUUUUCGCUGGUCAAAUUUAUUCGGCUUCAUUGUUGAGUGAUUUGACAGUGGGUGGUGCACGUUAUAUUUCUACUGGUAGAGGUAUCGCCACUGCACGUAUUCCAUUCUCAAUUCUUUACUCCAGAUUUGCUGGUUCUGCAAUCUAUAUGGGUUCGAGAUCGUUAUUGAUGUUGUUAUUCUGUACAAUUGCUCAUUGGCAAUCUCCAUUAUUAUGGUUUUGGGCAUCUAUAUGUUCGCUGAUGUGGGCUCCAUUUAUAUUCAAUCCACAUCAAUUUGCAUGGGAUGAUUUUUUCUUAGAUUAUAGAGAUUUUAUUAGAUGGCUAUCCAGAGGUAAUGCCAAAUACCAUAAGAACUCUUGGAUAGGUUAUGUUAAGUCAUCAAGAUCUCGUGUUACUGGUUUCAAACGUAAAUUGAUUGGUGUCGAAUCUGAAAAAGGUACCGGUGAUUCUGCAAGAGCUCAUAGAUCAAAUGUUAUCUCCUCUGAAAUCAUUCCUUGUGCACUUUAUGCUGCUGGCUGUUUCAUCUCAUUCACUUUUAUUAAUGCACAAACUGGUGUUCAAGCCACCGAAGAUGAGCGCGCAAACUCUACAUUAAGAUUCAUUAUUUGUACUGUUGGUCCUAUCGCAGUCAAUGCCGGCACUUUAUUGAUUUGUAUGGCAUUAUCUUGUUGCUCGGGUCCUUUGUUUGGUUUAUGUUGUAAGAGAACAAGUGCUGCAUUAGCUGCCAUUGCCCAUGGUGUGUCUGUUAUUGUAUAUUUGGGUACCUUUAUUAUUAUGUGGGUUUUAGAAGGUUUUGAUUUUACAAGAAUGUUAAUAGGUAUUGUUGCUUGUAUCCAAGCUGAAAGAUUGAUCAUCCAAUGCAUGACUGUCCUUUUAUUGACUAGAGAACAAAAACAUGAUUCUGCAAACACUGCUUUCUGGGCAGGUAGCUGGUCCACCGCAGGUUACGGUUCUUUAUCGUGGGCCGAACCAUUUAGAGAAUACAUUGCCAAAGUGAUUGAAAUGUCUGAAUUUGCAGCUGAUUUUAUUUUAGGUCAUACGUUAAUGAUUUGUCAAUUACCAAUUCUAUGUAUUCCACAAAUUGAUAAACUGCAUUCUAUUAUGUUAUUUUGGUUGAGACCUUCUCGUCAAAUUCGUCCAGCAAUUUUAUCUCUAAAGCAAGUUCGCUUAAGAAAACUAAUGAUUACAAAAUACAUGUCAUUAUUCUUUAUUGUUUUAUGCGUUUUUGCUGCCUGUAUCAUUGGUCCAGCUGUAGGCUCAGCUCAUGUUUCAAAGACAUUUGGCAGCGAUUUAACUGGCCCAUGGAAAAACUUAGUACAGUCAAGGAAUGUAAGUAAUAACGAUACAGGUACAGGACUUUCGACUUAUAGCGGUCAUUAUUAUACACAUACACCAAGUUUAAAAACUUGGUCUACUAAAACAUAA